AUGUACUUGUCGUCGAACACUCGACUGGAGAGGAGAGCCUUUGGCGGCGCCAUGAACUCCUGCCAUGUCUCCGUGAGCAUCUUCAUUCACAGUAUACGCGAGGUUGCACGCGCCGCUGAAGGCCGUGCUCCACGGCGUGCGCGGACGGACGGUGGGAGCUCUGCGUCGUUCGCGGCCAAGCUCACCGUCGUCCUAUCGCCGACGCCGUGGCGCGACGAGCUCGAUUGGGUGGCGUUUGGCGGCACGUACGACAUCACGUACAUGGUGAAGAUACUCACAGGCGGACGGCCACUGCCGGAGACAUGGCACGAGUUCAUGGUGAAGGCAAAGGCUGAUCGGCUGAGCCACAACCAGGCAAAUCCUAGUAAUUAG